AUGAUCCGCGUCCCACUCUACCUGGCCCUCCUCACAAGCCUCGCCGGGAUGGCCCUCGGAUUCCCGGACGCAGAGUCUGGUCUUGCACCCAGAUCUGACGGGGCGGCGGAGGGCUCGCAGUACCUCGAGGCCCGAGCCGCCCCGCCGAGAGCCAAGUUCUCACGGGCUGGAUUGAAACCACAACGACAGGAGACCGCUCGCCGGCCGGGCAUGCCUACGUCUCGCCGGUAUAAGAAGAGGCCUGGGUCGCUCAGGCCGCCGGGUCGUGCGAUCAAGACCAAGUACAGGAAGACGCCAUCCGGGAUGGAAAUGGCCAAAGCCGGGCCGCGGAAGAGAUCCUCUGUGAACAGGGAGCUGAAACUGGUGCUGGAGGGUCUGGGGCUGUAG